AUGGAGUUGAGAUCGGGGCGUCGGCAGCUAGGAAGCCCAGGCGAUGGCGGCGGACCGGACCGCAUCAGCGCCCUCCCAGACGACCUGCUCCUCCUCGUCCUCGCCUGCCUCCCCUGCGCCAGCGCCGCCGCGCGCACCGCCGUCCUCUCCAGCCGGUGGCGCCACCUUUGGGCCCGCCUCUAUGAGAUCGUCUUCCGCGAUGUCCCCUUCCCCUCGCUCGAAGUGGCGCUCAGCCGCGUCGACUCACCCGCGGUUUCGAUCCUGGAAAUCCACGUCCCCUACGAGUGCAUGCCCAACCCUUUCCCCGACACCGCCGGCGUCGACUCGCUGCUGCGCGCCGCCGCGCGGCUCGCGCCGGAGGAGUUCGUCUUCGCCCUCCCCGGGAACUUGUACAGCCCUUGCGUCGACGUCGACCUGUCUUGCUUCCACCGCACCACCUCCAUCGAGCUGGACUCAUGUCUCCUCUUCCUCCGUGUGUCGGCCGGCGUCGACUUCCCCGCGCUCGAGACGCUGUCCCUGUCGGGCAGGAUCCCGGAUCUCGACCCCUUGCUCUCCUGCUGCCCGCGCUUGCACACACUCCAUCUCAGAAGAAUUGUGCAUGACACGAGCGACCUGAGCGUCAGCUCGGCAUUACUGCAGGAGCUUGUCGUGGACCGCUCGAACAAGCGGACAAGCCGUGUCAACAUCGUCGCCCCCGUGCUUAAGCAAUUGACCAUGUCCUUUAUCGCCUCGGAUGUCGCCAUUUCUGUCUUCGCACCGAUGGUGGAGAAGCUCCGGUGGAACUGCUGGUACGCCACCUAUGAUAGGGCAUCUAUUGUGUUUGGUAUUUGGCGACUAGAGCAGGUGACAUUACAGAUGGCAGAGAGACAAGGACAGCUCCCUUGCUUGGAGAUUUGUGCCCACGCCGUGCGUCCCUUCUUCGGCUCAAUUUAG